UGCCAACAUACUGAAUAAUCUAACGUCUUACCUUAAUGGAUGUUUAGUAAUAGCAUUAUGAUUUUACGAUCAAAUUUUCGUCUCCGUUUUAUCCAUUCAUAUUGCAUCGUUUAUUUUUAUAUCUCGAUCAUAAAUUUAAACUUUAUAUAUAUAAAUGGGGUCAUUUUCUUUUUAAUUCUUCCCCCUUCCCACCGUAACUAUAACCUUUAGUAAAUUCACAAAUAAUUGUUUUUAAGUACGUAUAUUUAUCGUCAUUUUUGUGAAGGUUGAGCGAUUAAAGAAACAUUUUAAAAAAAUAUCGUGUUUAUACGAUAUAUAUUUUUAUAUUGUAAAUAUUAGAGGAAAUUAUAAUCGUACAGUUAAAGUUUUCUAAUCCUUCGGGACUUUGAAUAAAAAAGCGUGAUGAACAUUGUUUCUGCAGUGACGUCACAAGCCUGCGGGAGUUUGGCCGGUUGCCAAGAGUAACGGAUUCAAUAGUCCCGUUUGCCAAAGAUAUUAUUCUAUAGCCGUUUGGAACGAGACGUAGAUUUAAAAAAAUGAUAUAGAAUAUAUCAAUAAUGUAAUAUCUGCGGCCAAUCGAGGAGGUUACCAUUUAAAAUAAUUCGAACGUUUUAAAAGGUUUAUCCCUCCUCCUCCUCCCCCUCCUCCUCUUCUUCCUCCUCUUCUAUUUCGAAUGUCCGCUAGGAGGAGCAAACUAUUAAGAGAGGGAUAGACUGUUACGAGAGUGACGCUAGUGCAGGUGCAUGCAGUUUCAUCGACCGAACACAGACGUCUCAAUGUCCGUCCUCUGGUGCUUUCUUCGGAUAAUCGGGCGUGAAAUAUACAAAGGUGAGUCAUUGCUGUAUUGCCCACUGAUUCUGUUUUAAUUAAAAUUCUUCAAAUUUCAUCGAUCACUUGUGGAUUCUCGAAAAAAAAAAAAAAAAAAACGUAUUUCCUCCUGGACAUUUUAUUUAAUAUAUAUAUAUAUAUCUGUUGGUUGGAGAAGUGUCCCGAGCCCGAUAGUGCUUUCUUCUAAAAAUUCCAAGUACUGUUUUUUUUUUAUAAUUACGUACGGAGAAAGAGAGCGACGAACGUGAAAUAACGAUGAAUUCAUUUUGGGAUUUUCUUAGAAAAGAACUUAUUUUUGUUAAAUACGAAAUGAACAGUUGUAGCAACGUCUGCAUUACUUGUUGAGUGUUUUUACGAGUAGAACACGCCCAGAAGGAGAAAGUCGUAUACUGUGUGGUCGGAAUAAUGCAAGAAUCGAUCAAAUCGGAAGUCAUAAAAGUAGCUUCCUUGCACAUCAAGGCAGUCAGACUGGAAAGCUGUAUUUACAGUCGUUCGUCAUUGUGAUUUUUGUUUAUUCAGUGAUUGACGUUUCACGUGUUAUGUAUACAGUACAUAGUAACCAUUUCUGAAAACGUCCAUAUUCCAGAUACUCGGAAAAAUUAUAUGGUUAGCCAGUGCCCAGAAAACUGGAAAAUUCGGGCCACUUCCAUUCUCAAGCUUGCCAAAUAAUUGAUCUGGUACUAUAUAUCUGGAGAGAAGUUGGAACCUGAAAUCAUCCAAUGUAAUAGAGUCAGUAUUGGAGAGAGAAGGCAAUGACGUGGGCAGGAAUCAUGCUUGAUUCUCAAAUCUCACUCAAUUAUUUAAGCUUCAGGAAAACUUGAAGAUUAAAUGGCUAAUAGAAUAAGUGAUCAUGAUUCUGUCAGAUAAAGAGGAGUCCUCAGAAAUAGAGGCAAUGGAGGCACAAGAUCGAAUAACAGAAGUGACUGAGGCUAGAAAUCAGUAUGUUGGUGGUGCUAUACGGAGAAGCGCUAGUGAAAGCGGUCUCCGUAAACGUAGUUUAACACUUUCUCUUCCUCUAAAUCUCUCUUCUAUGAUGCAAUUAAAGAAAGAACUUAGCAUUUCUAGAAGAGGAAGUCGUUGUGGACACAGAAUGACACUUAUUAGCAAUACCUCACCAACUCUCCCUCGUAGUCAUUCUCCAAUAUCACAAGGGAGUCCUUUAGAAAGUCCACGUAACAUGUCUCCAAGUCAGCACUUUGCUUUUGCAUCAGUAAAAAGGGCUGAUGGAAGAAGAUGGUCCGUGGCAUCUCUCCCAUCAUCAGGAUAUGGAACAAACACGCCAGGAAGUUCAAAUGUUUCUUCACAGUGUUCAUCUCAAGAGAAAUUACACUUAUUUCCAAAUCAAUCAACUCCAGACGAUGCAAAACAUACUAGACAUUUUAGUAGUAAUGAAAGCAACCCUGGUCUUGAAGAUGAAGGAAGACGAUCUCCAAUGAUUCGUCCUCGUUCCAGAAGUUUGAGCCUGGCCUGGCUGUGUCUUGCUCCAUUAGAUCCAAUGCGUUCACCUGGAAUGGAUAAUGAAAUAAUUAUGAUGAACAGUAUUUAUAAAGAAAGAUUUCCUAAGGCUACACAGCAGAUGGAAGAAAGAUUAGAUCAUUUUAUUGGAGAUAAUAAAGAACUUCCAUCAUCACUUUCAUCCGAUGCUGUUGGAAGAUUUGCACAUCAUCAAAUUGUAACUAUGGCAAGCGAUUGUUUAGAAAAAUCCAAGGAGCAAUUGAUUACUUCUCAUUAUUUCUACGAAAUGUCUGAAAAUUUAGAAAAAUUAUUGACUGAGUGUCAAGAGAAAUCUCCACAAUCAGCACAGUAUUUGAAAAAAUUAAUUAAACGAUUAUUGGUUAUUGUUUCUCGUCCAGCUCGUCUUCUGGAAUGUUUGGAGUUUGAUCCUGAAGAAUUUUAUAGACUUCUAGAAGCAGCAGAAGGUCAAGCCAAAAUUAUUCAAGGUGUUAGUAAUGAAAUACCCCAAUACAUCAUUAACAAAUUAGGACUCAAUAGAGAUCCACUUGCAGAUUUAGGUGGUUAUGUUGCAUCUAAUGAAUUUGAUUCAACUGAUUUUCAAAUGGAUGAAAAUGAGAAUUCUAAAAGAGUAACAAAUAAACCGAAGUCCCCAGGAGAAGAUGAUUUCGAAACUGUAAAAUUAAUAAGUAAUGGAGCUUAUGGAGCUGUGUAUCUUGUUCGGCAUAAGGAAACCAGACAACGAUUUGCUAUGAAAAAGAUCAACAAGCAUAAUCUUGUUCUUCGCAAUCAAGUUGAACAAGUAUUUGCAGAAAGAGAUAUUCUGAGUUUUACAGAUAAUCCAUUUGUUGUCAGUAUGCUGUGUAGUUUUGAGACAAAAAGACAUUUAUGUAUGGUGAUGGAAUAUGUUGAAGGUGGUGACUGCGCUACAUUGUUAAAAAAUAUGGGUCCACUACCAGUAGAUCUCGCUCGUUUUUAUUUUGCAGAAACUGUUCUUGCUGUGGAAUACUUACAUAGUUAUGGAAUUGUACAUAGAGAUUUAAAGCCUGACAAUUUGUUAAUAACUUCUAUGGGACAUAUCAAGUUAACUGACUUUGGGUUAUCAAAAGUUGGGUUAAUGAAUUUGGCUACCAAUUUAUAUGAAGGAUAUAUUGAUCGAGAAUCAAAACAGUUCAAUGAUAAACAAGUUUAUGGUACACCAGAAUAUAUUGCUCCUGAAGUUAUUGUUCGUCAAGGUUAUGGGAAACCUGUAGAUUGGUGGUCAAUGGGAAUAAUUUUAUAUGAAUUUUUAAUUGGAUGUGUCCCUUUCUUUGGAGAAACUCCAGAAGAACUUUUUGCCCAUGUAAUUAAUGAUGAGAUUGAAUGGCCAGAUGAAAAAGAUUGGCCAGUUCCUGAAGAUGCUAGAAAUUUAAUAACAGAAUUACUUCAACAUAAUCCAAUUGAUAGAUUAGGAGCUGGAGGAGCACAUGAAGUAAAAGAACAUGCAUUUUUCUGGAGUAUAGAUUGGGAUUCUUUACUUCGACAAAAAGCAGAAUUCGUUCCACAGUUAACUGAUGAUGAAGACACCAGUUACUUUGAUACACGCAGUGAGAGAUAUUGUCACGAAAUUGAAGAUUCAGAAGAGCAAGAUGAUACAGAUGAUACUUGUAUUUUUGGUAGUUUUUCAUCUUGUUCACCACGUUAUAGAAAAGUUUAUUCAAAAAUUGAAAAAGAAUUACAAGAAGAAAAAUUACUUAAGACAAAAGAAACAGUUCAGAAAAAACCGGUUGUAAAAGCCAUCUUUAAAGAACAAGUAAAUGGAGGAAACUUCAAAUCAAAAACACUUUUAGCAGAAAAAAGUAUUUCCAAAACUUCAAAAUUUAAUACACCAGAAUCCUCACAAACUGAAUCAGAAGAAAUCUCUCCACAACUUCAACGAAGAAGAAGACUGACUUCAAAAGACGUACUGCCAAGAUUUUCUAUUAGUAUGGAAGAUAAUCGACCUUCUUUGGUUGCAUCUGCUCCUGAUUAUAGUGAAUUGCCACCUGUUGAAGAAUGCAGCACUGGAAAACAAGAAAAAUUGCAACUCUCUCAGUCACUCUUCACCAGAAUCACUGUUCCUAAUAUUCCUGCAUAUGUUAAUAAAAAACCUAAAUCUCGUUCCGUUAUAAAAUCUGCUUCUGCUUCGGGAUUAUCUCUCAUGGUUCCUCCAGAUGACUUUAUACCUGCACCUGUUGGUUCUCCAGGAGGUUCGAGUACCAGUUCGAGAGACACUUCACCAAGUAGAGAACUUUCUUCUCUCGUUAAUCAGUUGAAACCUCCCAUCAUUAUUUGUCGUGGACCGAGAGGAUUUGGUUUCAAUAUUCGUGCUAUUCGAGUUUAUUAUGGAGACACUGAUGUUUAUACACUUCAACAUCUAGUUUCUAGUGUUGAACAUAAUAGUCCAGCAUUUGAAGCAGGACUGCAUCCUGGAGAUCUGAUCACUCAUAUUAAUGGAGAAGCUGUUCAAGGUCUUUUGCAUCCUCAAGUAUUACAACUCAUAUUAAGUGGUGGAGAUCGUAUGAAUAUUCGUACAACACCUUUAGAUAAUACCACAAUUAAGACAGGGGGUCGUAAACGAAAUCCUUCUAUGAUAAAGAUGGCAAGAAGACCUCUUUCGUGUCGCAGGCGUACGGGCCAAGGAAAGCAUGAUGUACGAUCAGAAAAAAAGCGUCGAGCAUCUCUCUUAAGACGUUUAAGCAACAAGAGAGCCAGUGCAGAAAUACAUCAAAUUGUAUCAAGUUCAGCAACGUCCUUAUCACCCAGUCGAAGUUUACAGUCAUUACACAGAGCAACGGGCUUCUCUUCUAUUCCUGACAGUUUGCCCGCAUCACCUACUAGAACAAAGUGUUCACAUUCACCUCCAUUGAAUCGCUUAUGUUCUCCUUCAGAUUCUUCUCAUUCUAAUUCUUCACAAAGUAGCUCUCCUGGAUCUAGUGUUCCAAAUUCACCUGCUGGAUCAUCACAGUUUACAAGACCCAGUACUCUGCAUGGCUUAAAACAUAAAUUAACGCAAACAUUUCAUUCACCACGCCGUAAAUCUGUUGGUCAUAUUCCGUUAUCUCCUCUCGCAAGAACACCUUCACCUUCACCAAUGCCUUCGACUUCUCCUACUCGUUCACCGUCUCCAUUAGCAUUUCCAAUCACUUAUCUUUCUGGAAGUUCUCAUGCUCAAUCUGUUCAAAGUUAUUCUUGUCGCAAAUCUGGAGGAAGUUCAAAGAAAUUUAUGAGGCCAAAAAGUGCAGAACCGGGUUCUCCACUUCUUAGACGUGCACUGUCACCAGAUCGUCAUCAUCCAAAAACAUCCGAAGGAAAAAAUAAGAGAGAGUCCUUUUCGGGUCAUAUUUCUUCUCCUUUGGCUCUAUCUUCAACACCUUCUUCAACACAUGUAAUCACAACCACUUCAUCACCAUCGCUUGCUACAAGUAUAUCUAAAUUAACUAUCAGUGGGGCAUCAACAGUAAUUGUACAAUGCACUCAAAAUAAUAAUUCAACAAAAGUUGUAAGAACUCAACCAUCUUUUACAAAAUCAAAUAUAUCUAACAAAGAAUUAUCUUUACAUACUACUCUAGAAAAGGAAGUCAAACAAUCAUCUUCAAUUAAACCUAAUUCACAAAAUUCCAAAUUAAAACCACUGAGCCAUCUUUCAAGUGAUUUUAAAACAUCUUAUGAAACAAAACAGAGAGAUAGUGAUGUAAGUAGGAUAGAGGCAUCUACAGACACUGACAGCAGCAGUAGUUGUAGUAGUGUUAAACAUUGUGAAGAGAAAAAAUCCAAAUCAUCUAGUCUUAUUGUAAAUGAAUCUAGUAGCAGUGUAACUGCCGAAAAGAAAGAUAAAAUUAAUUACCUGCCAAAAUCCGAAGCACAAGUAUUUUCAAGUGUUUCUCGACCGGACGAAAAAGAUUCUAACAUUCAACAGAAAAUAAUAGAUAAAGGAGCGCGCGAUACCGAAAACGUGCAAAGUAAAGCAUCAAAUGUUGAAAGGAAUGUCUCCAAAAAAAGUGUUCAGAGUUCCUACGAAAGUAAAAGAUAAAGUAUUUCUGUUACGUGAUUUUUAUGUAUUUAUCUUAAUUGCAAUUUUUGCCAUGUGUGAUUUUAUGUAUAACAGGCAGCUAUAUUAUUGUUAUUGUACAGUCAAGAUGCUUCUAGUAUAGUUAUGCUUAUUAGUGCAUUUCUUUUUCUACAAAAUGUAUAUAUACAGCCAAAUCAUUUAAAUGGUGUACAUAUACAAUAUUAUAUAUUGAAAGUUUGAGAAAAUUUCCAAAAACUAAUCUUCCUUUAAAUAAUGGGACAUAUUCUGUAAAUAUAAGUUGUUUUAAUAUAUUUAAAAAUCUCAUUUACUUGUGCCUCUUAUCAUUAUGAAUUGUAUAUUAAUCUCAACAUUAUAUUCAAAGUCUUCCUCUAUUUGUAUUUCUUUAUAUUUCUAUCAGAUUUUCCAUCCAAAAUCAAUUUCGUGCUGUCGGAUGUUUGUUACUAUAUUAAAUACAACGCAAUCGCCGUAGAAGCGGGCACUUACGCCUGAAACUCGUAACAUCGGUUGUUGUAAGCUGCCUUUAUAAAAGAAAAAAGCAGCAAUUAUUACAGGUCGUUUUGUUUUAAUUUCAUAUUAUCUUAUAUCUCAAAGUACAUAAUACAUUCUUAACUUCUUGUAAGGAAGGCUUGUUGCAAUCUAUUUUAUAGUUAGUUUAUUGUUCAAAAAUAUGUACAUAAUGUAAAAAUAAAAUGUGUUAAUGUAAAAAUACACACAAAUACAAACACACACACACACACAACACUAAACACAAAUACAAAUACACAAGCUUAUUUGAAUAUGCGUUCAAAUAACUCGGAUAAAAGACGUCUGUGAUGUAUCAUUUACUAAAUGAGCUUUGGAAACUGUCCAAAAAUUGAUUUGUAACUAUUAUCUAGAAUAUGUUGAUGAAAUAAAAUAAUUUAAUGAGAAACAUAUAUAUAAGCAAUUAAAUGAUGAUAGAAUUUAUGGUUUUUACUUUGUCACAUUAGAGUGAAAUAAAUGUGUUUUAUAUUUGAA